UACCCUAAAAAAAUCGGUACGCGCCCCUCCUCUCGAUCCACCCCCUCUCGCUGCGUUUUCUCUUUCCCUCGUCUCCCACUCCGCCGCCGCCGCCCCAUCUGCCGCUCCGCCACUGCCCCUACUGCUCCACCGGACCGGCCUCUUCUUCGAGCGCGGCGGCAGGAGCAGCUCCACCUCUCCACUCCCCCACGCGAGAACGCUCCUAACCCCACCCCCAUGCCCCGCGCCCCCGCCAGGAAAGCAGUCGCCCGUGCCCCCACCUCCAUCUUCUCUCAUCUUUCCCUUUCCCUCCAUAAAUCCCGACUACUCCUCUAAUGGAGGCGCUCGCUACCGCACCCGCGCCGUCACGUCCAGGCCUCCCACCCCCGACCCGCUGCUCCCAUCUCCUCCGCCCCAAAGCCCUAACCACCUCCAAGCUCCCUCGCCGCGUCAUCGCCGCCCUUCACAUGGACGGCGCCUGCGCCGCACCUCUUUGCUGCACUCCCGCUGAGACGGAUGCGGCGGCGACGACCUCGGACCAGACUGAGACGGUGGUCGAAGCCACCGAGCAGGGCAACAACGGGGCCCCGGCGGCGGACGCCCCCGCCGCCAGCAUCGAGGGGCUCGACGGGAUAAAGAUCCGGAGGCGCCCGGUCACAGGCCCGUCCGGGCACCACGUGGGCCCCUUCCAGUUCCGCCUCGAGAACGUGGGGAAUACGCCGCGCAACAUCCUCGAGAAAAUUGUCUGGAACAAGGACGUUGAGAUUUGGCAGAUGAAGGAGAAAAUGCCCUUGUACAGGCUGAAAGGUCUGCUGGACAAUGCGCCUCCGGCCAGGGACUUUGUUGCUGCGCUGAAAGCGUCGUAUGAUCGGACUGCUGUGCCUGCUCUGAUUGCGGAGGUUAAGAAGGCUUCGCCAAGCCAGGGGGUUCUCAGGAAGAAUUUCGACCCGGUCGAGAUCGCUCAAGCAUACGAGAAAAAUGGAGCAGCAUGCUUAAAAUUCUUUCAGGUUAAUAGUUUCUUCUCUAGGAGAUUUGGAUCCUUAUUUUCAUAUGCUGUGGAGUUAUCUGUACCGAAGAUACUUGGCUUCCUUUGAUAUGCAACCAGGGAAGUUUCGACUACUUGGAGGCUAUACGCAAUGCUGGAGUAAAGAAUUAAUAUGUUGAUGGAAGGGGAAGGCAUAAAUUUUGGGGACAAUGCUCGGACAACACUGUCAUGGUCCCAUAUGUUCUUCAGUGUUGUUACAUAUCCGAAAAUUGUUUUGGCACCAUUGCUGGAAGUUUAGCUAUCAUGGAUCCCAGCUAUCAUGGAUUUUAUUGGAGCCCCGCUAUAAUGGAUUUUCCUAAAUUUUGGCGCACCAUGUCUGGAAGUUUAGCUACAAGGGGGAAAUUUUUUGAGGUGAAUGUUACUCCCUCCGUCCGAUGAUGUAAGACGUUAUUACAUCCAAUAUGUGACAGAGAGAGGGUGUACCUAAGACAGUUUACCGUCGACAACACGGUGCCGAUUGUAAUAUUAGUGUAGAUGUGAAGGAUGGCAGAUUUUGCAAUUUUGUGAUCCGAUAGAUUUUUGCUAGAGAGAUAGAUGUGUGUGGACUGUCUGCAAUUUUAUCAUGCUGCUAGAUGUGUACGUUGCUGCUACCUUGUGUUUUUUGUUGUUGUUUGUUUUUGUGUUAUAGAAAAUAUAAAAUAAAUAUAUUUCAUUUGGUUGUUUGUUUCAUGUGUUAUUUUGGUACAGUAGCAAUAAUCUAAUCACUGAAUUUAAAUGCGGGGCAUUACUAUUACUAUAAUGAACAUAUGAAUUCCUUGGUUCCCCAACAUUGGUAAAAUGUAUGAGACUAAACUAGCGGUUGAGAUUUUGGGGAGAGAUUUUAGGCUACUGGACUUGCUCUGACUCCCAUCCAUGUCCGUCGUCUGAGUGAGUGAGUGAGAGAGGGGAGGGGAUAUUAGUUCACGAUAGUUCUUUUGAGUAGCAUUCGGUAGAUUAGUUGUAUGAAAGUUGUUUCUACUAGCAUUCAGUAAAUUAGCUCGGGAAGUUCCCUUUAGAUCCAAUCCCGUAGAACCAAUACCAGGGGCAAAUGGCCAGUACUACACAGCCCAAGUCAUGGUAGAGUAACUAUCUGGAUUUUUUAAAAUUAUCCUCAUCUUGCUUUUGCAUUGGGAUGCAACUAUUGCCUAACUGGGUGAAUUGGAACUGAAUUGUGGUUGCAUGCACUAAACUGAAAUAGCUUCAUAGUUUUGGCGAACUACAGGUUCAGCAAAAAUGCAGUUGCAUACCUUGAGAAGUGUCACUGCCGCUUGCCUGCAGGAAUUGCAUGUGUUAGCACAACCAUCCGGCCAAAACUAUGUGCUUGUUUGGAAAAGGCGGUUGCUCUCAAAUAUGAGGAUAAUCUUAGCUGAUUUAUCAUGUAGUGUGUUAAUUUAGCGGGAGUUAUGUUAAAAUUUAGCGGAUGCAAGAAAGCUCCUCAAUACCAUGUUUACUGUUUUGAUCAAGUUAGAGAAACUACCAGGAAAGCAAUGCCUUGCUUGGUGUUGAUUUCCUAAAAUUAGCAAAAGUAAACACAAAAUCUGGACGCGGACAUAGAAAGGAAGAUGUACUCAACGUUGGAGCGAGCAGAGACCUAGAAGCAAUCAAUCGAGCACCUAGGCCUCCAUGACCUCUACGACACCCCAUCUAUGUGCUCCCUUUCGGACUUCCCUGCCCAGCUAUGUUUUUGUAGCUCCGCCACUUCUCAGAGAUGGUCUGGUUCACAUUCUUAGAAGUGGCAUGACAGCUGACAAAAACUUCUUGCAUUUACUAAUUUCAGUGAUGAUAGGACGCAUUCUCUCUACCAUGUGGAGAUAAGGAAAGCGUAGGAGGAAAGGAAAAUAUCAAUUUCCCAUCAAGCUUCCCUUAUAUUUCACUUCAAUGGUGGCAGAUCCAUUGUUGAUUUCUAUCUAAGUUCAAUGAGGCAUUUAUUCUUCAGGAUCAUUACUACUUGGAGAUGUAAUUAUUGUUGAGAGUUUAGUAAAUAUUGGAGGAGUGAUUAAGAAGCUACAUGGUAUACUGAGGUUUUGCUUUUCGAACACACUGUUGCACAAUUUAGAUUUUAUUGCUUGUUGUAUAUUAAAAUAGUGCAGCCCAGUGGGAUUUAUAUGUCUCUUGUACAGAUGAAUUGUUUGUUAAAAUACAUGCACAGAGGUGGAGCUCCUUCAAAUGUAAGUACUUGAUAGUGUUCCCAAGUUAUGUUCGUGUAAGGGCGGAUGAAGAGAUAUGUCAAUUUGUUUUCUUGCAAUGUA